GCUAUUUUUAGUGAAAAAAAAAAUAUUUCCUUUACUCCCGAAUUAUUUUCGUUUACAUAAACUCUUAAAAAAAUGAGAGUUGUGCUGAUUUAUUUAAUAUCGAUAAUUUUUAUUUUUGCAAAAGGAGAAGUAGCUUCAAUUAAAAAUUCAUCAGGAAGAAAAAAUGGGACGAAACGGCCAAAUAUUAUUUUAAUUCUAGCUGACGAUUUGGGAUGGAACGAUGUUAGUUUUCAUGGAUCAAAUCAAAUACCAACGCCUAAUAUCGAUGCUCUUGCGUAUAAUGGUUUAAUUUUGAAUAAUCAUUAUGUGGCACCAUUAUGCACGCCCAGUCGAGCUUCUCUUUUGACCGGAAAAUAUCCCAUUCAUACAGGAAUGCAACAUAGCGUUCUCUUAGAACCUGAACCACGAGGACUUCCACUCACCGAAAAAUUACUACCAGAGUAUUUGCGAGAAGUCGGAUACAAGACACACGCAGUUGGAAAAUGGCACCUGGGAUUUUAUCGUAAAGAUUACACACCAUGUUAUCGAGGAUUUGACUCUCAUUUCGGCUACUGGAAUGGUUUGCAAGAUUAUUAUUCACAUAUUGUUCAAUCGACAUUAGAAAAAUAUCGAGGAUUCGAUAUGAGAAGAAAUAUGAGCGUAGCUUGGGACACAGCGGGAAAAUAUUCUACGGAUUUAUUUACGGAAGAAGCGAUUCGUCAAAUUGAUGAACACAAUCAACGUGAUCCUAUGUUCAUGUACUUGGCUCAUUUAGCACCUCACACCGGAAAUAAUGAUAAACUCUUUCAAGCACCCGAUGAAGAAAUCGCUAAAUUCACCUACAUUCAAGAUCCCGAGAGAAGAAUAUACGCAGCGAUGGUUUCAAAAUUGGAUCAAAGUGUCGGAGAAGUUGUUGCUGCUUUGAAACGUCGUGGAAUGCUCGAUAACAGUGUGAUUGUAUUCAUGUCGGAUAAUGGAGCUCCAACAAUGGGAAUAUACGGUAAUCGAGGCAGUAAUCAUCCGCUGCGAGGAAUAAAAGCGAGUCCUUGGGAGGGAGCCGUUCGUGGAUCAGCAGCAAUCUGGAGUCCUCUAAUCAAAAAUCCCAAAAGAGUCGCAAAUCACUUAAUGCACAUUUCCGAUUGGCUUCCAACUUUAUAUUCCGCUGCGGGUUACGAUCCAAAAGCUCUCGGGAAAAUUGACGGAAAGAAUUUGUGGUCAACCCUCGUCACGGAGGAAAAUAAUCCCCGAGAUGAAAUUAUCAUCAACAUUGACGAGAUUGACAAUUAUUCAGCAAUUCGAAAAGGUGAUUUCAAAUACCUAAAUGGUUCGGCGAAAAAUGGAGACUCUUGGUAUGGCGACACCGGAAGGCCAGAGAAAUUCCCAACUGAGGGCGUUUCACCGAAAUUUAAUCCUGAGGACGUUCUUCAAAGUAAAGUCGGAAUUGCCAUUUCUCAACUCAAUUUAAGUUCAAUUCAAGGAACGGAUGAGAAAAAUCCCUCCCACAAAAUGACUCUCACUUCUCGAGAAAUCUUAACACUUAGACGUGAUGCUGAGUUGAUCUGCAACUUGAAACAAAAUAUAACAUGCGAUCCAUUAAAAGCUCCUUGUCUCUUCAACAUAAAAAAAGAUCCAUGCGAAAGAAUAAAUCUCGCCACGACUCAUCCCGAUAUUUUAAAAUCACUGGAAUCAUCAAUAUUGUUUUAUAAAAAAACAAUGACUCCAGCGUCAAACGUUCCAAAUGAUCCCAAAGCCAAUCCAAUCAAUUGGAACGGAAUUUGGACAACUUGGAACGAUUCUUCUCUAAGAUAACUUCUCAAUU